AUGCCCUCGACCUCAUCUGAAGUCGAGACGCUCGGCGCUUCCGAGCGCGGCGCCGAUGCGCAUUUGGAGAAGUCCACUGCACCACCGCAGCCUGUCGCCACCGAUGCCGCCGCGCCGCCCGACGUGCCCGACGGCGGGCUGCGUGCCUGGACCGUCGUGGCGGGCGCGACGCUCACGCUCUUCUCGAGCUUCGGCGUCGUGAACAGCUACGGCGUCUUCCAGAGCUACUACAACACCAGCCGGCUCACGCAGGAAGGCGAGAGCGUGCUGGCGCUGCUGGGCGCGAUCCAGCUCGCGUGUCUCUACGGCCUCGGCCCGCUCAUCGGCAAGAUCUUCGACUCGUAUGGCUGCAGCAUCCUGAUGCCGCUCGGCAGCCUCCUCAUCGUCUUCUCGCUCAUGAUGCUGUCGAUCUGCCAGCCUGACCAGCUGUAUCAGUACUUCCUGAGCCAGGCCGUGCUGUUCGGCAUCGGCUGCGCCAUGGUCUUUACGCCUGCGCUGGCCAUCUUGGGCCACUGGUUCCGGCAUCGUCGGGGCCUUGCGCUCGGCAUUGUGGCCGGCGGCUCCUCGCUCGGCGGCGUCAUCUACCCGAUCACGCUGCAGCGCCUGCUGCCUCGCAUCGGCUUCGGCUGGGCUGUGCGCACAAUGGCGUUCAUCGACCUGGCCUGCCUCGCAUUCGCAUGCGCCACCAUGCGCACGCGACUGCCUCUCCGUCGCCAGCCUGCCAAGUCGUUCCUCAAGUUCAUCGAUGUCGGCGGCUUCCGCGAUGCCCGCUUCUGUCUAGCGACCGCGCUCGCGUUCUUCAUGUUCUACGCGCUUUUCAUUCCUUACUUCUUCAUCAAGCAAUACGCCGAGCUGCAAGGCAUGCGGCCGGGCCUGUCGCAGUACCUGCUGCCGAUCAUCAACGCCACUGGCAUCCCCUCGCGCAUCCUGCCCGGUCUGCUGGCGGACCGCAUCGGCGUGCUCAACCUGCUCAUCCCGAUGGUGCUCGGCUCCGGCGUCCUCGUGCUCGCCCUCUGGCUGCCGGCGCGCGGCGAUGCGGCCAUCAUCUGCUUUGCCGCAUUCUACGGCUUGCUGAGCGGCGGCUUCGUCUCGCUCCUGCCUGCCUACAUUGCGCGCAUCUCGCCGCAGAGCAUCUACGGCGCGCGCCUCGGCAGCGUGUACGCCUUUGUCGCGAUUGCCAACCUCGUCGGCACGCCCACGGCCGGCGCCUUUGUCAAGGCCAAGACGCAGGAGGGCUUUGCGCGCCUCAUCGGUUUCACGGGCGCCCUCGUCAUCGGCGGCGGCUGCUUCGGCGCCGUGGCGUGGUGGCUGGAAUACCGGAAAGCGAAGCGGGAGGCGCGAGAGAAGGGCGUGGAGUGGAGAUGGUACACGUGA